AUGCUUCGAAUAAUACCACGCCAAGCACGACGUCUAUAUCUGGCACAUGCCAAAUAUAAGUCCAACGAUAAUUCCAUGCUAUUGCUAGCAGGGAUACCCACCUCACGUGGCUGGUUCACUGCCCCUUUAAAACCGCAUCAUUCGCGAGCCUCCAUCGAUCUUCUCAACCAGGAGUUAUCCCAGCUUGAUCCACAUACAUCUAGAGACCACAUUCAACUGCACAUUGACAAAUGGUGUAAUGAAAAUAGAAAAAUAAUAGCCGAUCUUUCGAAAAAGGAAGUCCCAGAAGAGUCUGAGCUGCAAUUGGAGGACUUGUUUCAGAUGGAAAUGAAACGCACCCAGAAGAAAGAGGGAGAGGUGGACAAGCCCAAGGCCAAUCCCAAACCCAAGCGCCUGUCCUCGCCACGGAACCUCAAGCAGGGCAAGUUGAAGAUCAAGUUUGGUAAGAAUGGUGAGAUCCGUAGUAUUCUGAAGAUCACUAAGUUUUACGCCAUGAACUAUUACCUUCAUAAGCAUUUGAACGAGAGUAACGAGACCGAAUACGAGGAAAGAAAAACAAGGUUGCAACGCGAAUUUAGUUUGCUUGAUCAGGUGGAGCAGAAUGCAUUGAAGGAGGAGUAUACUGAGUUGUUGCAUUCUGGAUACGAUUUGAUUGCCGGGUUGAAGAUUCCUGUGAGAACAAAUAAGGACAAGACAGACACAUCUGCCAUCGACGGGAUCAAGCUCGGAGUUGAUAGUAAUAACCAUUUUGUAAUCCAUGGAGAAAUCCCCUUCGAUAAUGUCAAGAAAUACUAUAUUCAAAAGAGAUUAGUCGACACAGGUAACGCCGAUGCCGCACCAUUUGAACUUGAAUGGGAUAACAAGCUGGACCAUGAACACAAGCAAAUAUGCGACGAACUAUACGAUGUGAUACUGACAGGAAGAUACAUUGACAAUGGUAAGGUUGGCUUCAUUAAUCUCGAGCAUGAUGGGGUUAAAAUCAGCUUCAAACGUGGCAAACCGGUGGUUCUGGGCACAGCGUCUCCAUACCAACUCAAACGGUUCUACAUUGCCACCAGAUAUCAAGAAACUGGCGAGCCAAUAGGCGCUCUGACUACGAAACAAUUUUCACGACAAUGGGAUGAGUUGCCAGACACCAAGUUUGCGACAUACCGGGAGAAAUACGAACAGAUGCUUGCCCUGGGGCAUAAGGUUUAUGGGUGCCACAUUGUGCCAAUAAAGAAAGGUAUUGAUUUCGAGCAUGUCGAGUUUGUGUCGAAUGACCGAGUUGAAUCUUCUGCGAAGGGAGUACGUGUUCCCAGACUCAAGUAUAAAGGGUAUUAUUGGGCAUGGCAUUAUCAGCAGUAUUGCCAAGAGCACAGUAAGGUGACAGUCAGAUGCCGAGCAAAGCUUAGAAAAGAGUUGAUGGAGAAGUGGUAUGCAAUGAGCAAAGAGGAGCAAAAUGUAUGGCAGCAAAAGUAUAUCGACUUGGCGAUCUCGGGCUAUGACGUUGUUAAGGACGAAAUUGUAUAUAUUAAAGAUAACAACGCACAAGAGUAA